AAAUCAGUAAACAAACGUAACGCUCGUUGGCAACGGUUUCAGUGAACUAAAACACAUGUGAUAAACGACUGCGAGGUCAUUACAGCCAAGAAGGAUGUUUAAAAACACAUUCCAGAGCGGGUUCUUGUCUAUUUUAUACAGCAUCGGCAGUAAACCUCUUCAGAUAUGGGAUAAAAAGGUGAGGAAUGGACACAUCAAGAGAGUCACAGACAAUGACAUCCACUCACAAGUGUUGGAGGUUGAGGGGGCAAACGUCAGCACUACUUAUAUAACAUGCCCUGCAGACCCAAAGAAGACGCUGGGCAUCAAGCUACCUUUCCUUGUUAUGAUCAUUAAGAACCUCAAGAAGUAUUUCACCUUUGAAGUCCAGGUGUUAGACGAUAAAAAUGUCCGCAGGCGGUUUCGAGCAAGUAACUAUCAAAGCAUGACUCGUGUGAAGCCAUUUAUCUGCACCAUGCCUAUGAGGCUGGAUGAUGGCUGGAACCAGAUCCAGUUUAAUCUGUCUGACUUCACCAGGAGGGCCUAUGGAACCAAUUACGCCGAGACGCUGCGUGUGCAGAUCCACGCUAACUGUCGAAUACGGAGAGUGUAUUUCUCAGACAGACUAUACUCUGAGGAUGAGCUCCCAGCAGAGUUUAAACUCUACUUGCCUGUCCAGAACCAAAAAGCAAAGCAGUAGAUUCUCAGUCUGCAUCGUGUACCCUGUGACCUGACGUGGAGUUUAGCUCUGAGGCUUUUUGUGUAGACAAAUGAGUUAAAAAAUGUUCUUUAGAAGUAGAAGUUGUAAGUGUUGUCUUGUGUUUCCCUAUGCACAAUAAAGUUUUUUAUUGAUUCA